GCUGGCAGCCUCGAUGGUUUCUUCUCUGUGGUGGCAUCCUGUCCUAUUAUGACUCUCAGGAAGAUGCCUGGAAGGGUUGUAAGGGAAGCAUCCAAAUGGCCGUGUGUGAAAUUCAAGUUCAUCCUGCAGAUAACACACGAAUGGACCUGAUCAUCCCAGGGGAGCAAUACUUCUAUCUGAAGGCAAGAAACGCAGUUGAAAGGCAAAAGUGGCUGGUUGCGCUAGGAACUGCCAAAGCCUGUCUAACUGACAGCAGGACACAGAAGGAAAAAGAGUUCACUGAAAACACAGAAGCCUUGAAGACUAAAAUGUCUGAACUUAGACUGUACUGUAACCUCCUUGUUCAGCAAGUGCAUAAGACGAAGGAAGCCAGCAUUUCUGGUGUAUCAGAACCAGAG